GUAUCUCUCAGUGGUCUACAGAUUUUUUUUUUCUGGACAAUUGCAUCCUGCUUUCUCAACCUCUAUCUCUCACAAUAACAGUUGAAUUAUAAUAUUAUUUUCUCAUAAUGCUGCUUUUAGUUUAUUGAGUUUAUGUGCUUUUUUGGCAAUUUUAAAUAAAACGGAAAAGGAGUGUAUAAUGUUCACUGGAUGUAUUUAAUACCUUGUUUCUUUUGCAUUACAGACAGCUGGAACAACUCAAGAUGAGUAAAACGAAUAAUUUUGAUGCUCAAAGCACAUUCUGUGUUCUCUGUGGACGGACAGAUGACUGCACUGAAAAGUAUGGAGAAAAAAGGACCUAUGUGGAAUACGAUCUCACUGUUCAUUAUUACUGUUUGUUGAUGUCAAGUGGCAUUUGGCAGAGAGGUGAAGAAGAUGAAGGUGUAGAUGGAUUUUUAAUCACGGAUAUUAGAAAAGAAGUAAAGAGAGCUGCAAAACUGAAAUGUAAUAUCUGUAAGAAAAAGGGAGCUUCAAUUGGAUGUGUAGCUCCUAAAUGCAAACGAAGUUACCAUUUUCCUUGUGGGUUACAAAGGGAAUGCAUUUUCCAGUUUAUGGAAGACUUCAGAUCUUACUGUUGGGAGCAUAGACCAGUCCAAGAGUUUACGGAUAAAGAACUUAGAGGAGCUUCACAGUGCACAAUAUGCCUGGAUUUGGUUGAACAUCUUCCAGUGUACACUGUAUUGAGAAGUCCUUGCUGUAAAAACGCUUGGUUUCAUCGAGAAUGCUUGCAGUAUCAAGCUUUGAGUGCUGGGCUAUUUUUCUUUAGGUGCACAGUAUGUAAUAACAAGGACAAAUUUCAAAAAGAAAUGUUGAGAAUGGGCAUACACAUUCCAGAAAGGGAUGCGUCUUGGGAACUUGAAGAAAAUGCAUAUCAAGACUUACUGCAUUGUUAUCAACACUGUGAUGUUAAAAGAUGUCUCUGCAGGAAAGGAAGAGAUUAUAAUGAACCUGAUAGUAAAUGGGAAAUAAAGCGUUGCCAGUACUGCGGUUCUCGUGGGACUCACUUGGCCUGUUCAUCUAUGAGGUCGUGGGAAGAAAACUGGGAGUGCAUGGAAUGCAGAAGUAUCUUUGCAAAAUCAGGGAAGUAUAGCAAACAGAAAAAGCGUUCUUUGGGUACCUCUGAAAAGACAAAUGGAACACCUUGUAUCCUGGAAGAGCCAUCUCCAAAGUUCCCUCGGCAGUCUUCUGGAUCUCCACGCAAUUUUCUGCUCCAAUCACCAAAGAUAAUGUGCCAGAACUUGUCACCGUGCUCACACCGAGAACUUCCAGCAUCCGACAGAGUGACAAUGUCCUUAUCUCCAAUGAUGUCAAACAGGAACUGGUCCCUGAGGCACAGGCGUUUAGGAGAGCAAAGAAGGGAAGUUUGUAAUAUACUGAAGGAGUUAAAGGUACAAGUUAAAACAAAACCAACAAGACUUAACAUCAAUGCAGAAAAUAUUUGGAGUAGUGCUUUAAAAGGGUUUAGACAGCGCAUCUUCAGUCCCACAAACACUAUUGAAGUAAGUUUCUCAAACUGCAAAAAUAGAUCGAAGACAAAUACUUCUGCUGCAUCAAAACACCAUUUCUUCCAGUUGUUAAUGCUUCACCUUCAGAAUUCAUCAUUGUUUGAGGGCUCUUCUGGAAAGAAUUUGUCGCUUGAUUUUCAAGCUCUAGAAGAAAAUCUUUAUUUUGAAGCUGGUAAAAUGAUUGCAGUUUCUCUGGUUCAUGGUGGUCCAUCUCCUGGUUUCUUUUCCAAAACACUGUUCAAUUGUCUUGUCUAUGGUCCAGAGAAUGUGAAGCCAGCUUUGGAAGAUGUUGCUGAUGAUGAUGUAGCACAAACAAUAAAAAAGAUAAAAUAUGCAAAUAGUCUGUCCAGCCUACAGUCUACACUACAGGACUGCUGUGAAUUCCUCGCUGCUGCUGGAUGUUUAAGACCUGUAACAGCUUUGUGUGAUAAGAAAGUGCUGGUGAAUGACAUAUUGAUGUCCUAUGUAAUCAAGAGAGUUACUUUACCCUUAGAAAGUUUUAGGCAGGGUUUGAAAACCCUUGGCGUUUUAGAGAAAAUGCAAAUGCACCCAGAUGUGUUCUCUAGCAUAAUGUGCCACAAACCCGAAAGACUUUCAGCAAAAACUGUUUGUGAUCUCUUUACAAUCCAUUCCUCAUCAGAUGUAAAUAAAGUUGAAGGUGCUGAUUUUUGGAUGGGCUAUUUGCAAGAUGUGGAAAGUGGUGAGUCUGUAGUGACAUUGGAGGAUGUUCUGCUGUUUGUAACAGGCUCCUGUUAUAUACCAUCCAUUGGUUUUGAUCCUGAACCUACUAUUAAAUUUUUGCGUAUAAGGUAUCCCAUUGGAAACAGACUUCUUAAUUGCUUAGAGCUUCCUAUAACAAAGACGUAUCAGCAGUUCAAAAAUAAAAUGGAGUUCACCAUCAGAAACACACUAAGACUCGAAAGGGAAUAAGUAUUUUUGCUAUUGAACUGAAUGUUGGAAAUCUGCAUUUUCCAUAGGAACGUCUGCUUUCAGUUCGCUACUGUAUUUUUGGACAACAUGCUUUUAGUAUUUUUCCAACCUUUCCCCCAAAAUUGUGUGCUAAAAGUUGUAAUGUUAUGAGAUGGAAGACAAUUUUCAAAUUAAAAAAAACUUUCUCUUCUGAAUAAUUUUCCUGUUGAAGUUGACCUUAAGUGUCCUCUUGCAGAAGUAGUUUAAAUGUCAGCUUUUGCUGUAGACAGGUAUGAAAUGUUAUCACACUCUGUAACAGGUAAGUAUGUGGAUUGUAUCAAAUACUUAGGUAACUUAUUUAUCAGAAACAAACCAGGUAAAUUUUAAAGAUAAUUGCUGUAGAGCAUUGUCUUGCGUAAAAACUGUGAUGCAGUUUUUCAGUAUAUGUAUAUUUUUUCAGUAAUUGUUUUGUAUGGAUUCAUUUACAUUCUGAUGGUUCAUAGAAACUUAGGAAACUUUUAAAAAUACUUGUAGUUUUUAUGAUCAUUGUGGCUAGUGCAUUCAAGGUCUGGAGAAAACAUAGGUAAAAUAAUACAGAAUAAGGACAAAGUCCAGUUGAACUUAUCUCUGUUUUUAAAGAAAAUCUUUGACAUUUGCACGUUUCUGCCUUCUACUGUCAUGCAUUAAUUUUUAAUUACUCAGAGAUCCAAAACAGUAAAAACCAGAAGGAAAUGUUGAACACGCAACAAUAACUAGUCUUUCAAACUGAAAUGUAGGAGCUAGACUUAAUGUUGUUGAGUAUGAAAGAAUAAAAUUUGUUGCUCAUUAGAACAUGUAAACUUGUUUUCCAUUAAAGUAUUUUCAUACGACCAUGCACUAAAGCUCUCCCUUAAACUAAAGGCAGUCUACCAUCAAGCUUGUCCAGGCCUGACACUUUUCUAGCUUUUAUUUUAAACUCUUCCAGUUCAUAGGUGCAUUCUGAGCACUGUAUGAAAUAUAUUUUAGUGCUGUGGUAAUUCAGUGCUGCUGUGAAAGUGGCAGGGCCAUUAAAGCUGUAAAAGAUAAGUAGUGAAAUUCCUAUAAAGCAACACUUUGUUGUUAUUACUAAAACUAUGACAUUAAGAAGACAUUUAAAUACAUUCUUUUUAAAUGUAUGCUGCUGUCUGUUUCGAAAUUAUGCUAUUUCCCUCUGUUAGUUUUGACCACCUGUACUAUAUGUCCUGAACACAAGUUUUGCUGUAGAUGUAAUAUAGAUACAUAUGUAUAUGUAUGCACAUUCUUCAAAAUAAUGGAAAGUAAUUAUACUCUUUUUUUAUUAAUACAGCUUGGUUUGAAUUGAAAAUACAAGCAGGAUUGCUUUACAUUUGAAUUCCUUGGCAAGGAAGUGCAGCCACAGUAAUUAUAAAUGGAUAGGUGCUUCUGAAAAAAUAAUAGAAAGUCUAAGGAAAUCAUUGCAAGUCUUAGAUAAGACAUUUCUUAUUAAUAGUGCCUAAAACAAUCUAAUUGCAUCAGUCUUGUUAUUAUAAAUUUAAGAAUAUUAGAAAUUAAGACAGGAUUAGCAGUGGUUUUUGCUUGUUGGGCGAAAGCAUAUUCAAGUCUCCUUUAAAAUAAAUAUAUGAUCUCUUGGAGAAUGUAAUUUUACUUGUUUAUAUACUAAGUGUUUUCUCAUUGUUUUUUCUCCUAUAAUACUCUGUGUUUCUGAUCUGUGCAUAAUUUUUGACUCUCAUUCUGCUAAUAAAUUCUUUGUAUUCUUAGCCUUCACAAUGUUCUAUCACCAUUAUAAAGAGUGGUUUGGCACAAAUUUGUUUACAUAAUAAGGAUUCGUAUUGUAUGUUUGUAUUUUUCAAAUACAACGAGUUUCUUGCAGAUAUACUUUAAAAAUGAGUGCAGUAUUUGUUUUUCUUUGCUAGUUAAAGAUAAAUGUGUUCUGUAAUGUUAGUCUUCCAACUGAGAUGUACAGAUUUUACAAAAGCAAGCAGAGUGUGAUUAAUUUUAAAGGACAAGGACUUUUGGUACCUGCAGCGGCAAGAGAAAUUGUUCAGAACCUGGAAUUAAAUAAACUGCAUUUUAAAACCUUAAAUGGAGAAAGAAAUAAUAAAAUAAUGUGAAUAUAAGGCUUCAAAACAUACCUGAGAUUACAAAAAUAGAGUUCACACCUAUUAUUUCUUUUAAACUCAGCAGUUGAAAGGCUUUUAUACAAAGGCAGACCAAACCUAUAUGCCAGGUGUAAAAAAUGUUAACUUUAAAAUGAUCUGCUAUACAAUGUUAUAUCCAAACACUGAAUUUGUAAAAUCACAUAUUACAGUAUGUAAUAUUGCUUGAAAGGGUUUUUCUUGCACAGAAUUUGUUCCCAUUUUCUAGUAGUGACAUGUACACCCUCAGGACAAGUCAUCUUUUCCUUUUCUUUGGGUUUGAUCAGCUCUGUCUAGACACUCCAAUAUAGUACUUCAUGUAUUCAAAUUGUAUUCCUAAAUUCUGCUUUGGAAAGGAAUUUCCUCCUUUUCAGCAUUUAUUUAUACAAACCAGUCAUAAAUGUAUUUGAACUGUUCAUUAGAAUUCCAUUGAAUAGGCUAACUUCCAAGCACAGAAUGGCCUCCCUUGUCAUGAAAUUGUAAGAGCAGUUUAUGUAGCUAUAAGGACUGUAGGUUUUUUGUUGUUGUAGCAGAUCACUGAAGUGCAAUAUUGUGGGGUAAUUUUCAUUUUUCAUAAACAUAACCUGAGGCACACCUGGAAAUUAGGGAGGCUGCUUACUUUCAGUAUUUCUGUAACACAGGGAGAAUAAUUGUAUAUGCAUCAGUUGUUUAUUAAAUAUAUUCUUGUAGAAGCUGCAUCUUUUAUAAGAUUUGUCAGCACCACAAAAGAACUUAUUACAGUCCUUUUUGUGUUUGGCCAAAGAACUUCACCCCACAGUUUCUGCAUCAAACCCUUCGUUUCCAUCUGGAAUUAGUACAUCAAAUAAGCUAUUUAUUUUCUAGAGUGAUAAUUUUCUACUAAACAGUAAUAUAUUAGUAUUAGUGGGUUUAGAAUGGUCUCCUUAACAAUGUGUGUAUAUUUUAAAAAAUCCUCAAGUAUUUUAGCUCUAUGUUUGAAAAACCAAGGAAUAAGAAAUUUCUGUGACUUGUAUUUUUACCCAUUCAGAGGAUUCUUACCAGAAAAAGCUGUUAGCCUUUUUAACUGAUUUAAGAGUGAAAUAUAGUCCAAAGUAGAAAAAAAUUGUUUAUACUAAAAGUUUAAACCAUUGUGUGCUGCAGUUUUGAUUAUUUUCAUGAAGAUAUUAAGUCCUGGAAUUUGAAAACACUAGGUUUUGAGUGUUAAUUAAUAAUUCACAGUCACAUUCUGUAUAUGCAUUUUGAAAAUAGUAUCCGAAAAUCUGAUUUAAAUAGAAAGAAUUACAACUUUGAACCCUACAAAAUACACUUUUCAAGUUUAUCUUGAAUCUGUUUUAUAUAGUAAAGCAUGUUUAAAGCUAAAACUUUACUGUUUCUUACGUAAGCGUAUGUCUAGUUAGACAAAAGAAAAAAUUAAAAUGCAAAAAAGCUUUUGAAGUGUCAAAUCAUAUGUAUACAGAAAAUAAUUUUUAAACUGUUAACGUUUGUAAAGAACCCUCUGAAUUUGUAUUACAUGAACAAUGUUCUUUUUAACGUUUUGGUAUUUAGAAUGUUAUGCAACAAAAUGUAAUUCUGUAAAUUUUUUUAGCUCUAACUUGAACUGCAGGAUCAGUGCCUGAACUGUUGCAUAUUCAAGCAAUGUUUUACAUGACAGGUGUAGCAUCAGUGUUGAAAUAAUCAUUAAUUGUGGGGAAUACGGUGUAAAUGUCCAAAGUGCAAUAAAAGGUUAAAUACGUA